AUGCACCUAAGCGACCGGAUCCUUACGAUUGGAAAUCAAUUGAAAAUCCUAUCCACUGUCAAGGCUACCAUGCUCGAAUCCCAAGGUUCAUCAGAAGAUCAGGAGAACACGGAAUCAUUGGUGGGCAACGCGCAAAAUCUCAUGCAAACGGUUAUUGAGACCUUGCACGUAGCCGAAGGAGCCAGCAUUAAGAUGCGUGUGGACAGUGGUUUCAAAAUUGUUUGGCGUCCACGACCCGCUGUCCCUGGGCCAGUAACGGUUCGAUGA